AUGAGACACAACAUUUUAUCUUCUCAAUCGACGUCACUUUUUCUAAUUAUCAUCUGCCUUGCCGAGUUCUUUGAAUGCCAGGAUGUCUGUAAACAACCUGGAUGGACGACUUCGGGAAAAGUAAUUUUUGAAAAUAGUUCUUAUCGAUAUUCUCAACAUUAUAUGUAUUUACAAAGCAUCAGUAUUAACCAGCCUCAGCCAUCUGUGACUACAAGUUUGGAUAAAUACACAGAUCCUUUGAAUGUUGGACCAGAACUGUCGUUUAAAUAUUACAGUAGUCAGGUUAAAAAGUUCGAUAUUUUCCCUCCUGGUGGCAUAGAUAUACGCGGAGAACACUACAUCGGAUAUAUUGAAGCUUUUAAUGCAAAGAGUAUAAGUUCUGAAUUUGCGAUUUUGAAUAAGAAGGAAUUAUUUGCUGUCAAAUGGUUUAUGAAUAAAGAAGUUGAUGGUAAACAGUUUACAGCCGAGGUAACUUGCCUAAUACAUCCAAAUGGGAAGAUAGUUUUGUAUUAUGAUAAAGUUCCAAGGGAAAUUAAAGAAAUUGAAUGGAUACCGAAAAUUGCAUGUGGAGGGACACCUGUGAUAAUUACUCCUGAAACAUGGAUCAAUAGUGGCACGAUGGUGGAAUAUGAAUUCAUUGGAGACUAUUGUCCAAAAUACAGUUCACCUGAAGCAUGCCAAAACGCAACAACAUUGGAUAUAACUUGUUUUUGGUGUGAUAAAGCGAAGCUAUGCAUUGAUAGUACUGACCAGGAUGCUCAUCACAUGAAAGUUAAUAAGUGCCGUGUCAAGCAUAACCCAGAAGUGAACGAAUUGAGUACACAAACACCCACUAAACACACUGAAACAACAUCGAGCGCUGGUGAAUUUCCACAUAACCCAGAAGUGAACGAGUUGAGUACAAAAACACCCACCAAACACAUUGAAAAAACAUCGAGCGCUGGUGAAUUUCCGGUUACAGAAAGCCCCAAGGAAACUACAGAAGAAACUGAUCAACACUCGAACACGACUACUGAAGAGAAUGUACAGAAGAAAUCACUAUGGUACUUGUAUAUCGUGAUUCCUUUAGUCAUCAUUUUCUUUGUUGUCUGUGUUGGUUUAAUAAUUUGGAGAUGGCUACAUCAAAGAAAGUGA